CUGACGAUCGGCGAUCGCCGAUUCUUUCUGCUUCAUCUCAGGUCCCCAAACCGUGUACUUGGCUCCCCCAACGUACCCCGCAGCGUGCCAUGUUCCAGCUCCACUUUCGGCCAGGCUGUUCACCACAAUAGCCCCACAUUUACCCCAUAACUUAUAAGUACGUUUGCCCCGCGUUCCUAUUUCCGAGGUUUUCCUUCGGCAACUUAUUGCAUAUUUCACCAGAGGACGGACGCUUUCAGCAGCUAUGGAGUCUAUAGACGAGUCUAGUAUCAGUUCUAAUACUCGAAUGCUUGCUUGCACAAGCUGCAAACAACGCAAGAAAAGAUGCAAUUCCGCAAAGCCACAGUGUGAUCUAUGCAGACGUCUCGAGGUCCGAUGUGUAUACCCACGAUUUUCGUUCAAACCCGGCCCCAAAAAGAAGCAGGCUUUUACUGCUAUAUCACGCACCGAAGAACCAAUAAUAGUCGACUCCUAUAUUCGUCCAGGCGAAGAAUAUGGACAUUUUCCAUCACCUCCGAGAGAUGGACACCCUAUUUAUAAUAGUUCAAUGCCUGUCCAAGGAACGACAGAUACGAGUAGCAUACAACAUAAUCUAGGGAGAUCCGAUCGAAUGCUAGAUCCAAAUCUGUUCAACCCACUUGCUAUAUUCGACGAAUCUCUCUUUCAUGAGAGGGUGCCUUCUAUAUCUUCGGAUGCGACCAAUUCUGAUCCUGGUGGCCUCCUGGGAACAUUACUCUUAGAUCAAAACACAGAUCCGUUCAGAGUAGUACUACCUACCAUCAACCUACCUUCGCCUGAGCUUCCUUCUACGGAGACCAUUACCCACCUUGUCGAUGUCUUCUUCAACGCUGUACAUCCCCAGUUCCGACUGCUUCAUCGCCCAACACUCCACAGAAAUUACACGACCCAUCUUACCUUGCCAGUAAAGAAGCAGCUCUUCUCUUAAACGCCAUAUUUGCUCUUGCUGCGAGAUAUUCAAACGAUAUUCGGGUGGAACUGUUUGACCUGUCACUCUUACGACACGAAAGUGAUAUAUCAUCACCCUCACAUACGUCCAUAUUAAAUCCUUCCUAUCAGCGAAAAGGACGCUGGGAGCUAGGCCAGGGCUUUCUUCAGCGAGCAAACAGAUUUCUCCGGGAAGAAAUUGCCGAGGAAGAACGUCUUGAACAUAAAACUGGCGAGACACAAGAACCUCGAGUUGAAUUAUUACAAGCAGCCGCUCUUCUUGCCUUUGCAGAGUUAGGGAUGGGGAUAAGCAGUAGGGCCCAUUCAAUGAUGUCAAUGUGUGCUCGAAUGGCUUACGAUAUGGGCCUGGAUUCCAUCGAUUGUGAAGAUUUUCAGUCACAACUUGAGCCAUCUCUGAACAAGCAUAGCUGGAUUAGAAAGGAGGAACUUCGACGUCUGUGGUGGUGUAUAUGGGACCUAGACAACUUUAUGUGCACUGCAAAGUACCGGCCUAGAAUGAUAUGUCCUAUAAAAUGCAAGACGAAGCUUCCGGUUAAUGACGUAGACUGGUUUGACGGAAACGAAGUUCGUUCAUUUUUUCUACCCAGCAAUGUGCGGCAGCUACCGGAGUUUAUACAGAAUCAUCUGUUGUCAUCGGCUGCCGCCUACCGAAUUAUAAACUGCCACCUCCUCGCAACAUUAACGGGCAUGUUUUCUAAUAUCGAGAACCUGGACGAGCCAUCCGAUAUCUAUUCAGUAGUUAAAGUUUGUACUGUUUUGUGGAAAGAGAAUCUGCCAAAGGAGUUUAAAGAUUACAGCAGCAAAAUACACGCACAGGAGCCCGGCGAACACUCUGAAAUUUUCAGCGAUUUAUUUCCAAUGCAUAUUUAUUGCGAAUUGAUUAAACUCCUACUUGGGACGGAACGAAUGUUCAAAGGUAUCACGCCUGCAGCCAUAUCAACUUACUGCCAGCAAUAUUCGAAUAGCAGUAUUGGUCUUGCAGGAAUUGGUGUUACCCCAGAAGCGCCUUCACCGGCCGCUCAAGCUUUCUUCCACGCUCUCUCCGCUUCGAAGGCCAUUUGCUCCAUUGUACGUGACUGGCCGUCUAAAUAUAUCAUCCACACCAGUCCAUUGGUAGGGGGAGGCAUAUUGAUGGCAGCCUUUGUGCAGCUACUCGUCAAGAGAUUUGGCCGUGGUACUAGUGAUAUGGCUGAGACGGCAUCUUUAUCGCUUCGACUUCUAAUUAUGGUAGUAGAACAACUAGGAGAAUACUGGGGCCUUUGUCGAACGAAACUCUCAUCAUUCCGGGCCUAUGAGUCUAAAUUAUACGACAUUAUCGAAGGCAGCGACGAAAUAUACUCGGAGACGGCGAUAAUUCCUUUCCGGGCAUUUCUUCAUGGCUGUUGCAGGGGAUGGAAAGUAACCUCGGGUUCAUCACUAAACAAUCAUCGUAUUGUCACGUCAACUGUUAGCGACUCGCCAUUAGAGCUACUUAAUGACGGCUCAGGUUUCGAUGGAAGCUUGUGGCUAGCGAAUUUUAACGAUGGCAACUUUCUAACCUAAAGAUAUUUUCGUAGCAGCUUGUUUACAGGCAGCUUUUAGACGCGUUAAGUUAGUACAGGAUCUAUUACAGGAUUUACAUGGUGGAACUUUGUACAUAAAUGGCGUUAGAAACGGAAUGAUCGGAUAAGUCGCAAAUGGAGUUGACGCCAAUUGUUAGGUUAAGGACUCGUUAGUUGGAAAUUAGUGUGAUGUUGUAAAUAUCGCUGUACUUCAGGG